AUUGGCCUGAGUGAAAUUUUACAAACAACUCAGCUGAAUUCUGUGCUAAAGAAAGGAGCUUUUUCACAGCUGUAGCAGUUACAACAAACACAUUCAACCAUUUACCAUUUAUUGGGGCACUAUUAACCAUCAAGGGCUAUCUUCUUUAACGCCAGGUUCACAAUAUUCACACCAAAUUGAGAUUCAUCCUCAAAUUACUUUCCCAUUCAAUUCUAUUCUGCUUGUCAACUCAAUAGAACUCAACAGAACUCAAUUUCACUCUAAUCAAUCGAAUUCCAAUUCACUUUUAUCCUAUUUUAUCCUAUUUUAUUUUAUUUCAUUUUAUUUGACCCAACCAUUAUCUAAUUUAUUUCGUUCUGUUUCAAUUUAAUCUAUCCUAAUCCAUUAUUUCAUUAGUCUGUAUCCAAAAAUGAGAGAGGUUAUAAAUAUUAAUGUCGGUCAAGCAGGUUGUCAAAUUGGUAACUCAUGUUGGGAACUAUAUUCUCUAGAACAUGGCAUCAAACCCGAUGGUUACUUAAUCGAUGGUUUAUCAAGACCAAAAGGUGGUGAAGAAGGCUUUUCAACUUUUUUCCACCAAACUUCCGGUGGUAAAUACAUCCCAAGAUCCCUAUCUAUCGACUUGGAACCCAACGUAAUUGACGAAAUUAGAACUGGUACUUUCAAAAAUUUCUUCCACCCUGACCAAUUAAUCAACGGUAAAGAGGAUGCUGCAAAUAAUUACGCCAGAGGCCACUACACUGUCGGCAGAGAAAUCUUAGAUACUGUCUUGGAUAAACUAAGAAAAAUGGCUGAUCAGUGCGAUGGUUUGCAAGGUUUCAUUUUUAACCACUCCUUAGGUGGUGGUACUGGUUCUGGUCUAGGUUCGCUUUUGUUAGAACACUUAUCAAUGGACUACUCCAAAAAGGCUAAAUUGGAAUUUGCUGUUUAUCCUGCUCCUCAAAACUCAACCUCAAUUGUCGAGCCUUACAACACCGUUUUAACCACUCACACAACUUUAGAACACUCCGACGUUACCUUCAUGGUUGAUAACGAAGCCAUUUACGACAUCUCAAGACGUAACUUAGAUAUCGCUAGACCAAACUUCAACACCUUGAACCAAUUAAUAGCCCAAGUCAUCUCCUCCGUCACCGCCUCAUUGCGAUUCGAUGGUUCAUUAAACGUCGAUUUAAACGAAUUUCAAACAAAUUUAGUUCCUUAUCCAAGAAUUCAUUUCCCCUUAGUUUCCUAUGCUCCAAUUAUCUCAAAAUCAAAAUCCUUACAUGAAUCAAACUCCGUCAAUGAAAUCACAAACGCUUGUAUCGAACCUGGCAACCAAAUGGUCAAAUGCGACCCAAGAUUGGGCAAAUACAUGGCCACUUGUCUCUUAUAUAGAGGUGAUGUUGUUACAAGAGAUGUCCAACAAGCCGUUGCAAACAUUAAGCAAAAAAAAACAGUACAAAUGGUUUCCUGGUGUCCAACUGGUUUCAAAAUCGGUAUUUGCUAUGAACCUCCAACUCAAUUACCCUCAAGUGAUUUAUCAAACGUUCAAAGAGCCGUCUGUAUGUUAAGUAAUACAACUGCCAUCGCUGACGCUUGGAAGAGAAUCGAUCAAAAAUUCGACUUAAUGUACAACAAAAGAGCUUUCGUUCACUGGUAUGUCGGUGAAGGUAUGGAAGAAGGUGAAUUCAAUGAGGCUAGAGAAGAUUUAGCUGCUCUUGAAAGAGAUUAUCUCGAAGUUGCUUCCGACUCAUUAGAUGAUGAAUAUUAAUAAGUUUCUAUAAUUAAGUUUUUAAUGAUUUAUUUUUAUCUUAUUUCCAUUUACCAUUUUUUUGUUGAUCCACUUUAUCUUAUCUUAUUUUAUCUUAUCUAAUUUUAUUCAAUUUUAUCUUAUCUAAUUUUAUUCAAUUUUAUCUUAUCACUUUUUUGUUUUUUUCUUAAAUCUUCAAAAAUAAUAGCUAUUUGCAUAAUAAUAGUACCAAUUGUUAGAUAGCAAUUCAUAUUUUGAUAAUCUAUUAAUUUAUCUAUCAAACUUAUCACUUUUAAAACAAUUUAUAACAUCAUUCAAUUUUCAUCACUUUUACAAAAUAAAAUCACUUACAAAGUAAAACCGCUUACAAAGUAAAUCGCUUUUUUUUCUUGGUUAACCAAAUACGUUUGCGAUAUAAGAGCAGAAUUCCGAAAUUUCAUUGCUUUAAAGUUUAUUUCCCUCUAAAUGAACAAUUUCUGUUUCUAUUAAUUAAUCAA